AAUUCGAGUCCUCCACCCUCCUUGAGCUCAUCCCACCACGCUCACCACCCAUCACGUCCGGAUCAUCCCAAUGACGUGGCCCACAUCCCUGGCCUGUAUCUCAAUCCCUGGACGCAGAAUAGCAGACAGGCAGCCGAUAGCCUUUCCACCCCAAGUGGGUUCGUGGCGGCUUCAGCCUACAAUCACGCGACUUCUUCGCGUUCUACAAUUGGUAUCGUUCGUGGGCGUGGGGAGAUAGAGAAUUCCGAGGAAUCUGAGCCACCGCGAAAGCGACUUAACCAUGGCUCACCAUCGCUGGACUCGUUCCAUGUACCCUCAUCCCCCGAUGUCCAACCUUUGGGUCAGAGACGCAAUCGUGCUCCCGAAGUGGUGCCUGACCGUCGUUCAGGAGUGCAGUCAUUUUCGUCAGAUGAAUCAAUGCUAGAGUCCCAUGAGCUCCCUAGCUUGUCGUCACGUAUUGCACGUGGGACGCGACCCGACGCGCACGUCCGUCACAUAUCCGGAAACUCUACUUCUGAAACAGACGCUCCUCAAUUUCGCAUGUUUCGCAUGACGUUCCCGGAGUACGAAGAGAUGAAAGUACGCGCUGCUUGGAAGCAGGCUGGUGGGGAGGAAAAAGCUGCGAUAGCUUUGUUGCGCGACCCAGACUUCAAUCCGAACCGACCUUCUACUUCUUCAUCAACCACCACACCCCCAAUGACAGGCCGUGUCAAGGAACUUGUUGAUGGAACAAAAGCAGAGCGCGCUCUUGUAAAACAGAAGGGGAAGAAAUCCUUGAUCUAUGCAGGACGACCAGAGCUUGAUGCCGAGCCUGUUUCGCGAAAAGAUACGCCUCCUCCAUCUAAACGCACAUCUCCGUUGCCUCUGUCACCAGCUAGUCCUCAAUCACCAGAUAUUGCUCCUCGGACUAGGCGCUUGAAGAGGAAGAUUAUCGAGUCCGACGAGGAGUCUGAAGCGGAAUUAUCUAGUGCCGAUGAGAAACGCCAGAAACGCCGCGCACAAGAAUCUUCCCCAGAUGAACGUCGUGCCCUCAACUACUUCAAUACUACUGGUUCGGAAGCGCUGCAGGAGUUGACAGGCGCCGAUACAUCACAUCUAACAGCACCUUAUGCAGGCUGCACUGUUGCCCAGGCUGACUCCAUCAUCGCGUUGCGCCCUUUCUCCUCUGUGGAAGACGUCAAAACCAAACUCGGUCAGGGUAAGAAGAAGGCCGGACCAGCGGGGUUGAGUGCUCGCCUCUUUGACGACUGUGUCCGCAUAUUCCAUGGCUACGGGACAGUUGACAACGUCCUUGAGGAAUGUGAAAGAAUCGGGGCAAAGCUGAAGGCGGCCAUAGCCAAAUGGACUGUUGGUACAGUCAAAGGCAAGGAAAAAGAAGGCUCUUCUAGGCCCUCCCCCGAUUUAUUCGUUGCCUUGCCAGAAGAUUCCUAUGAAGAGGGGGCACUCAAUAUUCGAACACUGGGCGCUUUGAACAAUCGCACAUCCAAGGACUUCCUCUUGGAACAGCCUCAUGCACUCUCUGCGGAUACAAAGCUCAAAGAUUAUCAACUCACGGGGCUCAAUUGGCUUCGUCUCUUGUACAACAGCGGGUACAGCUGCAUUCUAGCCGAUGAAAUGGGUCUGGGCAAGACCGUCCAGGUCAUCAGUUUCCUCGCACAUCUCAAGGAUCAGGGGACCAAGGGUCCUCAUCUCAUCGUCGUUCCAUCCUCGACGUUGGAGAAUUGGGUCCGAGAGUUCAAACGCUUUGCACCCUCAAUAUCUGUCCAAACAUACUAUGGCAGUAAAAAUGACAGGCAAAGCUUGAGAGACUAUCUCAACAAUUCCCAAAGGAAGGUGAAAGAAAACGGCUGGGAAGUUCUCAUCACCACGUACAACCUUGCGACUGGAGACGACAAGGAUCGCAAGUUUUUCAGGCAUACGGAAUGGGAUACGUGUAUAUUCGAUGAAGGGCAUAUCCUUAAGAAUUUUGAUUCCCAGCGCUAUCGAGCCUUGAUGAAGAAUCGAUCGAAGUGGCGGCUCUUGUUGACAGGAACCCCUUUACAAAACAACCUUCAGGAAUUAGUGGUAUUGAAAGAUCUUCCGCAAAAGUUCGAAAAGAUAGAAUGGUGUGAGAUGACCACAUUGCAGCGGUCGAUCUAUGACGACGCUCUUCAACGGUCACGGAAAACUAUCUUCGACCUGGAAACUCCGACGCCCGGUACGGAGACUCCUCCGACAACCAACGGGCGAAGCAAGGCGGUGAAGAAGAUCAAAACCAACCCAAGGCCCAAGGACAAGCUAUACUUAGAGAACAGCUCGAACGUCUUAAUGGACCUUCGGAAGGCUGCAUCGCAUCCAAUGCUAUUCAGGACUAUAUUCACGGAUCAGACCUUGGACGCCAUAACCAAAUUGUUGCUGAAGGAGCCGGAGUUCCAAAAGAGAGGGGCGACGGCACAGUUCGUGAAGGAAGACAUGGAAGUUAUGACGGAUGCGGAACUACAAGAUUAUCUCGCAACGUACAGAAAGGAGGACUGUUAUCUCCAAGCUGGCAAAAUCCAAGUGUUGCUCAAACUUCUGGACCAAUAUCGAGCUGAGAAACGGCGCAUUUUGAUAUUCUCUCAGUUUGUUCAGAUUCUGGAUAUCUUACAAGCUGUCUUCAAGCACAAGAAGAUCAAGUACCUUGUAUUGACCGGUUCUACCGCUGUCGAUGUUCGACAAUCGCUAGUAGACGAGUUCAACGAGAACGAGGAGAUCACUGUCUUCUUGCUGUCAACCAAGGCUGGUGGAAUGGGAAUCAAUUUGACAGCCGCUAGUGUCGUCGUCAUAUUCGACCAGGACUUCAAUCCUCAUAACGACAAGCAAGCGCAAGAUCGCGCCUAUCGAAUAGGGCAGAAAAGAGACGUUGAUAUCGUCAAACUGAUCACUCGCGGAACCAUAGAGGAAGAUAUGUUGCGCCUCGGCCAGACGAAGUUGGCAUUAGAUGAGGCCGUCGCUGGUGAGGCGUCCGGCGGAGACAGCGGAGAAAACACGGAAAGGGAGAUGAAGACGUCAUUGAUGAGUGCGUUGAGGAAGCAGUUGGCGAACAAGAACAUGGAUGAGGGGACAAAAGACGGCGGCGAUCUAAUAGAGUGA